GUAGCGGCGGCCAUGGCGGCAGCGAGCCCGGCUCCCAGCCCCCGCGGCUCGGCGGCCGAGUCUGCCGCCGAAGCUCCGCUGCAGUAUAGCUUGCUCCUGCAGCACCUGGUGGGGGACAAGCGGCAGCCGCGGCUCCUGGAGCCUGGCGCCCUGGGCGGGAUCCCGAGCCCGGUCAAGAGCGAGGAGCAAAAGAUGAUCGAGAAGGCCAUGGAGAGCUGCGCCUUCAAGGCUGCCCUGGCCUGCGUUGGGGGAUUUGUUUUGGGAGGAGCAUUUGGGAUCUUCACAGCCGGCAUUGACACCAAUGUGGGCUUUGACCCAAAGGAUCCAUAUCGAACACCAACUGCCAGGGAAGUUCUUAAAGAUAUGGGACAGAGAGGACUGUCCUAUGCCAAAAACUUCGCCAUUGUGGGGGCCAUAUUUUCCUGUACUGAGUGUCUGGUAGAAUCUUACCGGGGGAAAUCUGACUGGAAAAACAGCGUCAUCAGUGGCUGUAUCACUGGAGGGGCCAUUGGCUUCAGAGCUGGCCUGAAGGCUGGGACUAUUGGCUGUGGAGGUUUUGCUGCUUUCUCUGCUGCGAUUGAUUAUUACCUACGAUGAGGGGGGCUUCUGUUGGGUGAGGAGCCCACCAGCCCAUCACCCGGGUCAUGCAGUGGUGGAAGAUAGAUCUUCCUGGAAGGAUUCUGCCUGGGCCAUGAGUGAAAGAUGGUGACAUGUGGAGGGGCCUGUCUGCCUCCUGCUGCCACCGCCACCACCUCUUCCUCCUCCAGUUUCCCAAGUGGCUCUGCUCAGCUCUCCAGGUGCUGGCAGACAACCUUUCAUGGUGAUCCCCAGGCCUUCCUGGACUCCACCCAGAACUUUCUAGCAAGAAAUGUCACCAAGUAGCCCCUUGGAACUGAUCAGGGACAAUCUACUGACUUCAUGAAAUUAUGGAUCCUGACUGCAGCUGUCCAACCUGCCUCUGUUCCUGUUAAAACAGACAUUCAUUACCAUUGUGUUGGGAUUUAUUGCAAGCAGCAUAUCAUCGGGUCCCUUUAUCUGGUGGGAGGGCGACAACGUAGGGGACACUUAUUCCAUCCUGUCAGCCAUCCCUGCUAUGGAAAUUGUGUAUUUAAAUAAUUUGAAAA